AUGUUUGCCGAUGAUAUAAAACUUUAUAAGCCUGUCGGUUUCCCCGAACGAUUCUUGUCAAUACAGAAAGCCGUACAAACAGUAUACGAGUGGUCCGUGACUUGGGGAAACCUUGAUUUCCUUGUUAAUAAUCUUGAUUUUGGACCUCACUACCUCCAAAUCGCUGAUAAGGGUGAGCAAAGGCUAUUUUUCUUACUAAAAUCUCUGGGGAGCAGAGAUCCUCUUGUUUUGAUUCGGGCCUACAAAAUGUUUGUCAGACAUAUUCUGGAAUAUGGAGCGUGUGGUACCAUGCUUUUUGUUGCCCCUAAACGCUUCUCUUUUGCUGCUACGUCCACUAGAGGAGAGAUUAUCAAGCUGCACUUCAGCAAGGCGAGGGUUUCGGUUGGUGGUCACUUUUUUACUCAACGUGCUCGCAGUGUGUACGCUAAGAUUAGCAAACGAUUACCUCACCUCUUAGCUACUUCUCCUUCAGACGAGAAGUUUCCCCAUUAUCUCAAGGACAUCAGCUAG